AUGUAUACAAGUGCUAAAAUCCACCUUGGCAUGAUGACAGAGAGGUUUAAAUGCAGACUGCACCGAGGGAAGAUCUGUGGAGGCGGCGGCGGCGCGGCAGGAGGAGGAGGAGGGCCCGGCAGGGGCUCGGCCACCUCGCGGCUCGGCGGGCUCAUCCGGAGCAUCACCGCGCUCACCUCCAAGCAUGAGGAAGAAAAAUUAAUCCAACAGGAAUUAACUAGCUUGAAAGCAACAGUUUCUGCACCCACUACAACCCUGAGGCUGAUGAAGGAAUGCAUGGUGAGGCUUAUUUAUUGUGAGAUGCUGGGCUAUGAGGCCUCGUUUGGAUACAUCCACGCUAUCAAGCUGGCCCAACAAGGAAACCUUUUUGAAAAAAGAGUCGGCUACUUGGCAGUUUCUUUGUUUCUUCAUGAGAAUCACGAGCUGUUGCUUUUGCUUGUGAACACCGUAGUGAAGGAUUUGCAGAGCACUAACCUCAUGGAAGUAUGCAUGGCUCUUACUGUGGCAAGUCAGAUAUUUCCACGGGAAAUGAUUCCUGAACUUCCGCUAGUGGAAGACAAGCUCCAGCAUUCAAAGGAAAUCAUUAGAAGGAAAGCAGUUCAAGCACUGUACAAGUUCUACCUUAUUGCUCCCAACCAAGUCCAGCACAUCCAUAACAAAUUCCGAAAAGCACUUUGCGACAGGGAUGUGGGAGUUAUGGCUGCCUCAUUACACAUUUAUCUCCAGAUGGUGAAGGAGAAUGCAUCUGGAUACAAAGACCUGACAAGCAGUUUCGUAGCUAUUCUAAAGCAGGUGGUGGGAGGAAAGCUCCCCAUAGACUUCAAUUAUCACAACGUGCCAGCACCUUGGCUACAAAUUCAGCUUUUAAGAAUACUGGGGCUACUUGGAAAAGAUGAUCCGGGAACCAGUGAAUUAAUGUAUGAUGUUUUGGAUGAGUCUUUAAGGAGAGCAGAGAUAAAUCACAACAUUACAUAUGCAAUCUUGUUUGAAUGUGUCCAGACAGUUUAUACAAUAUACCCUAAAUCCGAUCUACUUGAGAAGGCUGCCAAAUGUAUUGGAAAAUUUGUCUUGUCUCCAAAAAUUAACUUGAAGUACUUGGGUUUAAAGGCCCUAACUUACGUUGUGCAGCAGGAUCCGAACCUGGCGCUGCAGCACCAAAUGACCAUCAUCGAGUGCCUGGAUCAUCCUGACCCCAUUAUUAAAAGAGAGACUUUGGAACUUCUAUAUAGGAUCACCAAUGGGCAGAAUGUCGCCGUCAUCGUUCAGAAGAUGCUCGACUACUUGACCCAAAGCAAGGAGGAAUAUACCAUCAUCAACAUAGUUGGCAAAAUAGCAGAACUAGCUGAAAAAUAUGCCCCUGACAACGAAUGGUUCAUUCGCACUAUGAAUGCAGUGUUUUCUGUAGGAGGGGAUAAAAUGCACCCAGACAUCCCCAAUAGCUUCUUGAGACUCCUUGCCGAAGGAUUCGAGGAGGAACAGGAAGAUAGCCAGCUACGGCUUCAUGCUGUCCAGUCUUACCUUGUGUUGCUACAGAAUGAGAAGGCGGUUUACCCCCAGAAAUUUCUUCAAGUGAUGAGUUGGGUGCUGGGAGAAUAUUCUUGCCUUAUGAAAAAUGUUGAUCCGGAGGUUGUCUUGGCAAAUUUGCACAGGAUACUUAAGAGUAAUGCUACCUCUGAAACCAAAGCCUGGAUUAUGGCUGCCAUCACUAAAAUAACUUCUCGUACAACAUGUUCUAAAACAGUUGAUAAACUGAUAACGGACUUCAGUACCUCCUUGGACACCUGCAUGAGGCAAUAUGCUUUUGAGCUGAAAAACUUAUGUGAGGACAGAGAAUCAAUGAGAAAGUUGUUUCCAGUGGACUCUAGCUGUGAGGAUAUUGUGGUAGAUGCUUCCUUGUCUUUCCUAGAUGGGUUUGUAGCUGAAGGACUUGGCCGGGGUGCAGCACCAUAUAAACCUCAUCACCAAAGACAGGAGGAGCAGCUGUCUCAGGAAAAAGCUCUGAAUUUUGAACCUUAUGGAUUGUCGCUUUCCCAGAGCUUCUCAACAUCUGGCUUUCCUGGCAGACAGUCUCCAACUGGACUUUCUCUGGGUUCUGACAUUUCUGGUAACAGUGCUGAGGUGGGACAGAAGGAGACCAACAGUCUGAAGCUUGAAGGUGUGAAGAAGCUAUGGGGAAAAGAAGGCUACCUCCCCAAAAAGGAAAGCCUGGUGGAAAAAGAAGAUAGCGUAAAGCACACCGCAGAGAGCAGCACAUCUGUGGAGCGUACAGUCGGUAACUUCGCCUUGCAGUCUGAGCAAGAGAUUACCAGCCUCUCCAAGGAGGAGAAGGAGAAGCAGCAACUUGCCUCAACGCUCUUUGUUGGCCUGGGACUCCAGGGCAACGUCAGCCUGAUGGGCAAAGGAGACUCUACCACCCAGAAGUUCAAAAGGAAAUCUAAAACGGGCGAAUCCCAAAAUAGUGAGGAGUCAUUCAGAAUCAGAAACACUGCUAGCCCGCCCCUCAGUCCUUCGCCCGAUGCAUUACCUUGGAACAAAAAGCCCUUCCAAAAGAAUGGGCACCCAAGAUUACGGAAAGCUUCGCUGAAUUCCUCUGAAGCUCCAGAACUGAAGGUCGUAUUGGAUCGGUCUCAUUCUCUGCCAGAAGCUGGACUGGGUGAGAAGCUUCUGGGUUGCAGAUUCUCGCCUUUAUCUUUGUUUGCGGAUGGGAACAUGGAGAUUUUCCAGCCUUCUCCGAACACUCAUCCUGUAGUCAAAAAGCAACUCUCUUUGACGCCUUUCUUACCACAAGAAGUAGCCAAAUACCCUCAUUCGGAGAUUUUAGAACUUUGUGGCAACGAAACCGUCACGUUGUACUUGUGUAAAAUAUGGAAAGAGGACAGCUUCAUACUUUUUGUAUUUCUUGCCAAUAAAAGUCUCUCUACACUUAAAGAUGUACAGCUGGAAUUUGAACACUCCAAACAUUUUAAGAUCUCUGAAAAUCUUGGCUGCCAUUUUGCUGAAAUAGAAGCUCAGAGCAUAGAGAGCACCCAGAAGCGUGUAGCCACGGAGGAGCUCUGCUCAGAGGGAAUGCUGUCUGGAUCCCUCAGUUACCAUCUAGAACUGGAGACGUGUCUCAGGUUUUCAGUAACUUUAGUGCUGUUGGAUUUUAUCAGGCCAAUGAAAAUGACCACUGAAGAAUUUGGAAAACUGUGGCUCUCCUUUUCUAAUGAUGUCAAACAAAACCUAAAACUGACAUCAUCUCAGGAAUCUUUAUCAGUCAUUUUAAACACCUUGCAGCAAAAACUGAAGCUACAUGUUGUGGAUAUCAUAGGAAAUGAGGGAAUAGCAGCUUGCAGGCUGCUUCCGUCGGUCCCUGGCUUACUGCAUUGCCGUAUCCACUCUGGGAUGCUGGUCCUGUGGUUCAGGUCCCCAUGUUCUGCUCUUCCAGACUGUUUACUUUACCAGUGUCAGAAGGUGAUGGGAGAAUCCUGAGAGUGUCAUUAGUGCCUCGUCUUCUGGAAGGGAGUGUGUGAUUGUGCAGGGGUCAAUCAAAACGAAUCUGCCUCUGUUCCUGCUUAUCAAGAGUGGUGUUGCCCUACGUACCUCUGGGCAAGUAUUCUUAGGUGCCUGCCAAAAAGAGAAGAAAAAGCUCAGGAUCUAUCAGUCACUGACAAGUGGCCAAAUAAAAGCAUCAGUAAUUGUCUGAAUGAGGCGUGUUGUCUGGACUAAAAGUAUGUAUUUUCUGUGACAUACUUGUAUAGGUCACAACACUUUAUUCAUAGGCUGCGACUUAAUGAAGUUGUUAACAUGUUUUAAGCUGUCAUAUUGCUUCUUAAACCUUGUUUGCUUUAUUUUUCACAUGUCCCCUCCCCCCAUUAAAAUGGCAUCCAAAGCCACCAGUUGUGUUAAAAGCAAGAUGGCGGCUCUCGCAGAGCAGUUUGUUCACUUGACUGCUCACUUGGCUGCAUGCCAAACCGUGUGAGAAACUGACAUUUGGUUACAGGAUACACUAACUGUGAUUGUCCACACUGGCUUGGUGUUAUGUUAAUCAGAAAAUGUAGCCUCAGUAACAACCAGUUUCCUGGACGCGAGGGUUUGGGGGCCUGUUAUCAUUCAGUGUCCUUCUCAAAGGAUUUGCUCACAAUAUGUGAUAUGUUUUAUAAUUUAAGAUUGCGUGGUCACGGUUUGACUUUCUCCAUUAUAAAGCUGCAGUUUUUGUCUUGCAAAAAGCUAUGGCUUCCCCACCAUUGGGGUUCCAUGGAUGCCGACCGCCUUGAGACCCUUUCUUUUAUACCAUGUCAUCAUAGAGGACCUUGUGGGAUGAUUUCUGCUGUGGGAAAUAGAUCUGGGGAAAUCUUACAGAAGAAUUAAGUGAACUUCCAUGUGGACUUUCAAAUACAUACCUCUGGAAGAUGUUAAAAUCUUAAAAUGUAUUUUGUUGGUGCAGCAGGGCCAAACCAGAUGAGAAGUUGGAAAUCCUCUUAGCAUUUCCCCCCAAAUUCGAUUAUCAAGUUGUGAAGUCCUAAUUUGGAUCGAGACCGCAACAUGAGGGGAGUGUGAUUGAAGCUGCUCCCUUCCCUUCCAUUCUCCUGACCUAAAACAUCUCCAGGCAACAGUUACCUGGCCUCUUGGUCUUGGGGGUAAGCAUACAAUACCCGUCUCUUCACAUUUUCCCAACAGGGCAAAACAGCAACGCCCCAGAGCGGCUUCAGACCAGGACAGUGGCGCAGGGGAGAGAGGAAGCUCAGCUGUCUGCUGUGAUCCCUGUCCAAACUGGAGCCCUUGCCCUGAGCUUACUGGAUUUUUACUCAAGAGCUGAGAGCUCCAGACAUGGAACUCUUGGCAACUCAACUGGUUUGAC